AUGGACAACGAACAAGCCACAUUUUGGCUCUCGCAGUUCAUUGGCAAGAAUCUGCGCAUUCAUGCUUCUGACGGGCGGGUGUUUGGCGGCCAGAUGAAGUGCACUGACAAGGACUGCAAUAUUAUCCUUUCACUUGCGUAUGAGUACCGUGCGCCAUCUCUUGAGGCCAUUCGCAAGCCUAUUGAAGAGUCCGGAAACUCAUCUGCGAAGGUGACUUGGAACAGCCGCUACGUGGGCUUGGUUGUCGUGCCAGGAAAGCAUGUCAAGAAGAUCGAGUUCGAAGAGAGCACGCUGCCAGGUCAAAAGAGUGGGAUCACCUUGUAA